GAAGGAGCUCUUGGUUUCGUUCUCGACGACAUACCUCAUACGAAGAAGCAACGACGACCAACCUGUUGUCUCGUUGUCUUCUCCUCGCAACCGCGAGAGAAAAAAAAGGAAAAGACCCCGAGAGAAGCAAAAAGAGAGUACACCAGAAAUUGUUUCCUCCUUCCCUUUCCGGAAAUAACACGUGCGAUUCAAUCGCGAGAGAUGCUGCAAUGCAACCGGCAUGCAUCGCGAGGAUAGCGUGGAAUGGUGCAGCUGCCGCUCGACGAUGGCGGCGUACAAAUUGUCAGGAAGAACACGUUCGGAUUCCUCGGUGAAAUAAGCAAUCGCGGAUAUCGUAAGUGGUAAAGCCGCUUAUUCGAGCCGGCGCAGCGGACUUGUUCAGACUUCCAGACUCUCCCGGCGCUUCCAUGGUAAAAUGAAACUUUUGUCGCACCUGUUGCACGACAGGUGUAUUUUUGACAGAUGCGCGCGCUCUCGAGCUAGCGUGUAAAACCCGUUCUCGUGACUUGUGUGGUCGAGUCACGACGAUCUGACGAUCUUGCUCGACGAAAAGGCACCUCCAAAUUUGCAUAUGUCGUUUCUAACUUGCUAAUCUCCUAACUUAGUCGGCUUGCGAUAUUGUCACAAGUUAUCGUCUCUCUCGAGCAUUUUGAAAAAUCGCGAAUCGAGCGAUAGCUAAGCAAAAGCGUUUUGAAGAUGGAUCCGCGAUCGUACGCACAAGAUGGAAAGGAAAAAUUUAUUGGAAAUUGUGAGAAGUGCUGAAGCAAAGAGAAAGAGAGCGACAAGAUGACGGACCUGCUCAAUACAAGUGAGAUUCCGAAUAUUUGCUUGCUACCGAAAGACCUGGAUGUGCUGGAGGAUCCUCGAACGCCGACUUUGAGGAGGAUCAGUUACGGUAUCGUGUUGCCGGCUAUUUGUUGCCUCGGCAUCAUCGGAAAUAUCUUAAAUCUCAUCGUACUCACGAGAAGAAACAUGCGUGGCACCGCUUAUAUCUACAUGAGAGGUUACUCCGCGGCGGCGCUCCUUGCGAUCCUUUUCUGCAUCCCUUUCGCGCUGAGAGUGCUUAUCCACAAGGAGACCGGGGGAUGGAGCAGCUGGCUCCAGGCCUUCUAUCACGCUCACCUCGAACUCUUCCUCGGGAACGGCUGCCUGGGGGUUGGAGUAAUGAUGCUUCUGGCAUUGACAGUGGAGCGUUACGUAAGCGUCUGUCAUCCCGGACAACACACGCGACCACUCUGCGGGCCUCCUCACCUAACAGUGGUGCUCAUCCCUCUGGUUACAUUUCUCGUUUAUCUGCCGAGCGUAUUUCGAGGUGAAGUUACGACUUGCCUGCUGGCACUCGACGGUCCCCUAAUCUACCAGAGGAGAGACAAUCAGCCGUUUCUCAACUCGUGGUACUAUCAGGUAUACAAGGUGGUGCUAGAAGUUGUUUUUAAAGUGGCGCCGACGAUCCUUCUCGCCGGAUUCAAUCUGAGAAUAAUGAUAGUAUACAGAAGGUCCUGCGAGCGACGCCGGCGAAUGACCUUAUCGAGAACAGUCAGCAACGACGAGGAUCCCAGAACUUUCGCCGAAGAACGGAGGCUCAUGCUGCUCUUAGGUAGCACCAGCAUCCUCUUCCUAGUCUGCGUCAGUCCUAUGGUUAUCUUAAAUGUUACACUCAGCGAGAGCAAUCUCAACCAUUAUCCUUACCAGGUGUUCCGGGCGCUGGCCAAUCUGCUGGAAGUGAUCAAUUACUCGAUCACGUUUUACAUUUAUUGCCUCUUUUCCGAAGACUUUCGAAACACUCUAAUUCGCACGCUGCAAUGGCCGUGGGUCAAGAGCGAGCAGAGUGGUAGAAGUCUGCCUAUGAAGCGCUCCCCGAUACCGAGACCGCCGACAACGACGACGACCCCGCCGACCACCACAGUCGCGACCCCCGGACAUCUGGCUCGUGCCAGCGUUUAACACGGAUUUUUUGCCAUCGAUCCUGGCGUCAACCGCUCGGUCGCCAAGCGGUGGAACAAAAAAGAACUCGAAAUCUAGCACGGGACCGACGUACCGUGCUACUGUAAAUGUCGGGACGGUUUGAUUGUAAGAGUAAAAACUCUGUGAAAUAGCCGGGGUACAUAUCCGAAUACGAUAUACGAGCCCACCGAUUGUGCACAAUUACGUGGAAUAAUCUUGCUUGCGUGUUACGGGCUUGAUACUGGAUGCUAGUAGGCUAUCAAAAAUUUCCCACGUUGAUUAAAUAGCCGUCGUUUUUUUCAAUUAAUAAAACGGAGGGGGAAACGGCACCGAGUUAUGUUGCGCCAUCGAUUUGCCGUGGCGCUUCUUACGGAUCCUCGAAUUCUUACAAGCUGAUCCGCGAGAAAGUAUUUCAACUAUGUAUAUUCUCUGUAUAACUCUGAAAUAGUUGCAGACUACCGGAACAUAGCCACAUCCACGAAACAUUCCUGUGUACUCAACGCGACUAAAGGCAGGCGUGCCUACACGGCUGCCAUUGUUAAUGCGAACGUUUGAUUGUAUUCCAGGGAUCAAAUCGAUCGGCUCGAUUAAAUAGACGAUAUCCGAUUAUCCUUCGCACUGUCGAACGAGGUGCGUCCUCAACUCGAGAAAAUGAACUGAAUUUCUCGUGAACGCCGAAAUACCCGGCGAGACUUCAUCGAGAAAUAAUACGACGGAAGUAUAUACCAAAAGACAAAGAAGAGUCUCUGUAAGACAUCGUCAGAGGCUCCUCACAGGACUCUUUUGUACUUUGAAGUACAAGCUGGAAAAGUUUCUAACGUCGUCGACCAAGUUUUGUACAGAGCCGGGGAUUGCGCAGGAGAUGAGACGCAGAGAAGGGGAAGUGCAAACGGAGAAAAUAGUGAGAACCGCUGCAAUGCGUCCGUGUGCAUUGCGACGAAAAGGAAUUUAUCAGAAUUCGCGCGGAGACGCGGCGACAAGACUUGUGCAUCGAGUCGCGAGUGAUCGCCGUCGCUCUUGGAAAUUAAACGAGAAAGAGAGAGAGAGAGAGAGAGAGAGAGAGAGAGAGA